CUGCGAUAAAAUUACACACACUAACAUAGUCGGCCAUAGCUGUCAAACGUGCGCCGCUUGUCAUAAUGUAUUUUGAAGAUUUUAUUUGCUAAUUACGGUGUUAGCACUAAGAUUUAUGUGAAAAAGUGUGAUAAAUAUUCCAAAAAAAAACAAACAAAAUGAAUGUCAAAGCAGCGUUAGCCAUUGGAAUGGUUUUUGUGGGAUGUUGUUCCAACGUAGUAUUUUUAGAAUACGUUGUCAAGGAAGAUCCUGGCGCAGGAAACUUAGCGACGUUCUUACAAUUCCUAUUCAUAGCCACAGUAGGAUUUUGCACAGUUGGCAAAUUCGGGACAGCAAGACGGAAUAUACCAUUCAAACAAUACCUUUUGCUAGUUGGAUUCUUUUGGACGAGCAGCGUUGCAAAUAACUAUGCAUUUGACUUCAAUAUAUCCAUGCCUUUACAUAUGAUAUUUCGGGCCGGUUCAUUGAUGGCUAAUAUGGCGAUGGGUGUAUGGAUUUUGAAGAAACGGUAUCCUGCUAUAAAAUACUUAUCAAUUUUCAUGAUAUCUGCUGGUAUCGCGAUUUGUACUAUACAGUCUAGUGGCGAUGUUAAAGCUCCCAGAGAUACGCAUGAAGAUGCAACAGAAGAAGAAAGAUUGAAGUUUAUUGACUGGUUAUGGUGGUGUUUAGGUAUCGCUAUACUGACUUUUGCAUUAUUCGUGUCAGCUCGUAUGGGGAUAUUCCAAGAAUCUUUAUACUCUAAAUACGGGAAACAUCCGUGGGAAGCUUUGUUUUACACACAUUUGUUACCUUUAGUUUUCUGGUUACCAACAACUCCGAAUAUAUUGAACCAUGUUAAAAUUGCGUUUGACACCCCUAUAGUAGAUUUCCUAGGAUUUGCGCUACCAAGACAGGUUGUUUGGUUGAUUUUAUAUGUUUGCACACAAGGCUUGUGUAUCAGCGCUGUGUAUGUUUUAACUACCGAAUGCGCAUCUUUGGUGGUGACCCUGACUGUUACCCUUAGGAAAUUUGUAUCCCUACUUUUUUCUAUACUUUACUUCAGAAAUCCUUUCACUGUAGGUCAUUGGCUAGGAACCCUCUUAGUAUUUCUCGGAACGAUGAUAUUUACGGAGUUAUUACAGAAAACUGUUAACUUAUUAAUACCCAAAGAUAAGAAGAAAGUACAAUAAGUUAUGUUUUAUUGUGACCUAGUUAAAUGUGAUAGUUUAAUGAGUGUGUAUUUUGAAAAGGUUUUUGAUAAAUGA